ACCACCCCUACAUUAAUUAUCUUCAAACACGAUUUAUGGUAAAUGAAUCGUUCAUUGGGAUGUCGUUAGACGGAUUUUCAGGUAUGUCGCAGCAGCUCCUAUUUCUCCUUUGUUUUUCUGUCGUGUGCUGCACGAAUACGGAUGUUUCAACCCUUCUUGCAGACAUUUUCGCAAAUUACAAUUCAAAUAUUCGACCAGGCUGCAAUAGAUCUUCGCCUCUUAUUCUCAAUGUAUCAUUUUACUUUACCAGCAUAAAAGAUCUGGACGAAUCAGAGAGUAAGUUUUCUAUCAGUGGAGCGUUCGAAUUUUUCUGGAAUGACGACCGACUGAAGUGGAAUACCAGUAUGUACGGUGGAGAUCUUUCUAGCAUUGUUAUUCCAAAACAAAAGUUAUGGACUCCGUCUUUAAUCACCAUUAAUUCAUUUUCCGAGGCUGGGGAACUUGGCAAGGAAAGUUCUAGAUUACGUUUAGCCAACACCGGGAAUUUGCACUGGAUUACUCCUGAUCUGUACCAGACCACGUGUAAUCUUGACGUCACGUUCUAUCCUUUCGACUCACAAUCCUGUGUUCUACGUUUCUACUUGACGGCGUACAGGGCAAACGAGGUAAAAUUAUUUGAAUUGAAAAAUUCGAUGAAUCAACAGGAAUUUGAAGAGAAUGGUAUUUGGCAAGUAACAGACACCAAAGUGUAUACAAAGGAUAACUCCCUUGGUUGGCAGGAACUUCAUUUACAGGUGAACAUGAGGAGGAGACUUCAGUUUUACGUGUCCAGUUUGAUAAUGCCAGUUUGUAUGAUGUCGUUUUUACAACUGUUUGUAUUUUUGAUCCCCGUUGAAUCAGGUGAGCGAGUUGGGUUUGCUGUAACCGUAUUGCUAGCGAUCGCCGUCUACUUGACUCUGGUCCAAGAAAAGCUUCCAGAGGCAUCGGAACCGAACGUUUCGUGCCUCAGUUACAAACUUUUGGUAGACUUUAUGAUCGGAAUAAUGAUGGUGAUAGCCGUAAUUGCUGGACUUCAACUCUACCACCAAAAUCAAGAUAGAAUCAUACCAAAUUAUCUGCGAUUUUUGCAUAAUUUAAUGUUUCGUAAAAAGAGUCCAAAAAUAAAGCCUGAACAAGUGGACGAUGGUUGUGAGGAGAAGUCCGAAGACACGUCGGCGAAACAAAUUUGUUGGAUGGAUAUAAGUCGGGCUUUUGAUAGAGCAUGCCUUCUUGGAUUUGGAUUUUGUUUAUUCAAUUGUAACAUUGUAUACAUAAUCGUUAUAGUAUCUAUCUAUACAUAAUUAAGUGGAUGUCAAUUGUAAUUUUUUUAACGAUAUUUUAACUUGAUAAAUGUAGCAUUGUCCACCUUGUUUCAAGACAUAUUUUUUCCGGUACAGUGUUGACUUACAUUGUAUUCAAUUUGAUUUACCGGUAUAUGAAGUAAAAAACAAGA